AAUUGGCAAGUAGAUAUGGUAUGUUGUGUGUAAGAAUGAAAUUUGGAGAUGGAAAGAAUUUUACCUAAUAAUAAAAUAUAUUAAAAUGGUUACUUUAUUAUGUAUAUUUGAGAUAUUAUAGUUAGACAUUAAAAUUUUUUUUAAUUGCUUGCCUUCUUUGGUUUAUUUUGCUUUAUUGUAUUUAAUUUGCAAGUUUAAAGCAAGCUUUCUGAAAUUAAGUUGGUAGCGGAAAUUAUUUAAAAUGUGUAAAUAAGUGAUCCUUUGCCCUUGUGUAUACAAUAUUAAUGAAAUUUUAUAAAUAAAAACAGUGUACAUUUUGCUAAGUGGGGGGUUAGGUGGUAAUUAUGUUAAAGAAAAAUAUUCAUAUUUUAAGGUUUACAGUAUCUUCUUAAGGUAAUUUACCUUUUUAAUGAAACCAUUAUUUCUUAUUCACUGUAAUUGUUUGCUGUGCAACUGAAAUUUAUUUUACUGACUUCUUUUGCUGGUGGGUUGGGGGUGGAGCUAGGGUUGGGGGUGGUGAUGGCAAUUAAAGAAAAACAAUGGAAAACAAUUUUCCAAAGCGUCCAUCAAGGAAAUAGUUGUUUGAGGGGGUAACAAGGCCAAGGCCUUAUAGUAAUUCAUUAAUUUAUGACUUAACCUGCUUUAAGAGUUAAUUAUUAUUAAUGCUUAUUUUUUUUUAGUAAUUUAUGUUUACAGAGCCACUAACAUAUAAUAGGCUGUGCUGAAUUUGAAAGUUCUGGUGUGUAAUUAACUUUUAUUCAGAGCACUGAUUGUAGCAUAUGUACAUGGAUUUUAUAAUUGGUUAUUACAAUUUAAAUGUCUUUAAAAUAUAUUUUCACUGGUGGCUUGUAACGGUUUUACAACAUAAAAUUUUUACCUGAAACAGUCUAAUGAGUUUUCGUAUGUAAUGUUUUAAAACCAUUUUUAGAAACCAGGCUAACAUUAAAAUAGUGUGUAGUAAACAGUUUGCUGCACUUUCAAGUUUUUUUGCAUAUUUCAGAAUGCCUGUUCUGGGAUGUCAAAAACAUUACAGUAAGAUACAGUGAUGUUAUUUUUGAAGUCCCAGAAUAGGACCUUCUGGAGAUUUUCAGAUAAAUUUGAAAGUGUUUUUCCCAUGCCUGGGGAUUAUAGUGGGGUAGGGAGAAUAAAAAUGAACUGAAGUUAAUCAUUUGCUUAAAUCUAUUCUUAUCUACUAAUCUGUAAGCGUACAACGACCCUAAAAUUGGAGAACAAGGUGAGAAAAGAGCUGGUAAUGGUUUAGUUUGCAUACGAAGUUCAUACCAAUUUUAUACCGAGUAAACUGCAUGGGAAAAAAAUAAGUAGAAGGUUUAUUAAUGGGAAUAUUAAUUGUAUAAAAAAAUUAUGCCACCAGUAGCACAGAUCUUGUGUGAUUUUAGCUUAUUAUUGAACUGGAAGGAAUUUUGUUAGUGUGGCUCUGCUGGAACCUUGCUAUAUUCCCAUAGAAUUUUUCAAAUAUUUGAAAAAUGACCAUUGUUUGUUAUAAAUGUUCAAGAUUAUGGGCAUAUAGAGGUUCCUUUUUUUGUCUGUUUUACUUGAUAGAAUUAACUGCAUAUUUAUUGUAAUGACUUGAAUAUUUUUAGUAUUAACAUUUUGAGACAAAAUUUUGCUAUUUUUGAACAUGAAAAUUCAUAUUUUUAUUCUAGUUUAGUUGUAGUUUAGAACAUGAACCUAUAAAAUAAUUGGUAUUGGAAAAACAUUCAGAUACACAUUUUUCAUUGAACUAGUACAACAGAGACGAAUUCAUAGAACCUGAAGAAUGGCACAGUGAGCUAUUAAAAGAUCUGAUUAUGCACUGCAAGCAAAGUAAUAAUGUAUUGUAUUAAAAAAGAUAGGGAAGUAAAUUUGAAGUAAAUCAAAGGAAAGAGUUCCAGUGGAGUAAGUUCUGUAAGAGGAGAUGUACUGCAUUGCUGUAAGCAGUCUUCUAUUUACUUCACUGAUUGUAUUCUUUCCUUGAUACUACAGAAACGGCAUAAUGAAAGAAGUGAAAGAACCAUAGAAAAAAGUUGUAAGACUUUUUUUUUAGUUUCUUUCAAUUUGCUGGGUUUUUUUGUUUGUUUUUAAUUCAGACGGUAGUAUCGUGAGAAGAUCCUAAGCUGUUUAAAUAAUGUUGGAUGUGUAAUAGUUUCAUACGUAUUAAGCAUUAGCUAUUGUUAAUAAAACAUGCCACUUCAAAAUAAAAUGUUAUAUUUUCAUUAUAUUCGUCCAGCUAUGACCUCUUUUUGUUGUUGCGUGCAUCUCAGAUUUCUUUUUAUAAAUGUUAACACUUAGAAAAAGAUAAGGUCAAAGAUAGGGUGUCAACCUAAUCAUCAGUCAUAAGUUUAUGUCCACAUUUUCUGGUAGAUGGAUUUUGACUAUUAAUUUGGUUUUGUAUGUUUUCUCUAUGUGAUAUUUGUGCAUUAUUAGAUGACUAGACUGGCCAAGGCAGACCUGUUACACUUGCCUGAGUUAGGCAUUGUUUGCCAUGCCACUAAACCUGCCGUCAAGUGAAACCUUCAUUGGGGAAAUGAGAUCGGAGUCUGAACCGCAGAAGAUGGACGCCCUGUCUCUGUUUUUUAUUGUUUUACUUUAAUUUCAUUUCUUUUUCUUUAUUUUGUCCCUUUUUUUUUUUGUUUUGUUUUGUUUUGUUAAAUCUCUUUCACUUUAACUCGUGAGCUGGUUUUCCAGUUCUUUGUAAAUGGUAUUCCAUUAAGAGUUCAUAACAUUGCGUUGCAAAUUAUAUUGGGAGAUGAUUAGUAGAACUCAUCCUUAACAUAAGUUUUCACAGUAAAUUAGUACACAGUUUCAUGAAGCUCAGUGCUAGUUUCAAUUGGUGUUUAUAAACUGAUCGGGUACAUUUUGUUCCCGAAACACUAAAACAGUGGUGAGAUUCUUAUUUAGGAGCACGUUUUUGAUCUCAGUGUAACUUCUUUGCAGUUUUCUCCCAAGUCUGCAACUCUCAUAAAGACCAACUGAUAACUUCUAAUUUUCAUCCUUGUCCCUUAGAAUUUUAGGCAUACACAAUCAUCAAGGAAAAUAAGUAAAUUUCUUAUAACAUUCUGGGGGUAGAGAACAAGAAGAGACUUUUCACUUUUAUGAUAGUUAUUUAUUAUAGAAAAUAACAUUGAUUUAAAAACAACACUUUUAGUUGCCUAUGUGGGGAAUGGAUACUUGAGAAACUGUUUAAUAUUUACUUGCGUGUGUAUUUCUUGAAUUUUUGAUUGAAAAAUGUUCAGAGAUUACUUGUUUCUAAAUAGAUUCUGAGAUUAGGAUGCAUGAGAGAAUUGUUUUCCUCUCAGUAGUCUUUGAUGAGUACAGUUUGGGAUAAAUGCCAAGUACUUAAUUUGCUUUAUGCUUUUAUACAUUCUGAUAGUAUUUGGAGGAUAAAUUUGGUAGAAUUUUAUCUUGGAAAUUAAGCAGUGGGACUUUUAGAUUACCUUUAAUGGUAAUAAUAAUAAAUAUUGUGCUUUUAGUUAGACUUAAUACUUACAGUAGUUCAUUAUGUUGUGAGAGGCAGUGAGAGUCAGAUAUCCUACUGACAACUAUUUUUAAGCCAAGAGUGAAUGACUUGAAGUAAUCAACUUUUGGCCUAGGUUAAAUACCCUUUUUUGUUGGUAUAGUCUUUCUGCACUGUUUUGUGUGUAUAGUUUUGCUUAUUUAAUCAACAAUUAAUCUUAAAUUGGGACAUUACUAAAUUGGAAUUCUUUGUUUUUUAGGUGCAUGAAUUAGGGUAGUAAAGCAUAGGAUUUGUACCUUAGGACCUCAGUUGAUUUAUCAACGUGUUCAGGUUUUACAAAUAUUUAAAAAAGAAUACUUACUUUUAACAGAUAAAACAGGUUUGAUAGCAAUGUAAAUAGUAUAGUAUAUAUGUGAGUAUACAGAUAGAUGUCUUAAUGCUAGUAACUAAUAAAUACAAAAUAAUUCGAUGUUUUCAAGUAAGAUCCUCCCACCUUUUAAUAAUCUUUAUGCAUGUUAAAAUCUGUGCUUACGCAGAAUUUACUGAAAUAAUAAAAUGACUUUGUUUUUGAAAUUAGUAAAUUAAGCUUAUAUAGAGUUAGAAUAAAUAGACAUUUGCUAAAGCUAAGAAAGUGUUAUUUUUCUAUUCCUGUGAAUAAGGUAUAACCACUAUUUAAAGCAAAUUUUAAAAUUCAUCUUGAAUUCCAUCCACAUUUAGAAGUGCAUCCAAUAAUUUUUUUUAGAGAUUUAUCCCUGCACAUCUGGUUGUAUUAAGUAGAAUUUUACCGCUGAAACCCAGUGUUACGCUUUCUUGAAAAUUUACUCCAUAUGCUAUUUGCAAUUUGUUGUGACUUUGUACAGUGUUUUAAAUUACUUUGAAGAAUUCAUAAUAGAAAUGUUUGGUCAAAUAACAGAUAAUUAUGUAUCAGUAGUUCUUCUGAAAUUGCUGUGUAUAGUCAGUUUUUCUUAGAUAUUUUAUUUUUCAAAGGGUUAAUAGAAAGCAGAAAAAAGUGUGUGAAAGUCAUAGUCCUUAAUCAAAACUGAUUGAUUAGAAUUCAGUAAUUAAAUGUGACAAAUUGAUGGACUUAAUUCAGAGUAAAUUUUCAUUUUUUUACUUGUAGGGAUUUCUUCUUAGUGUCUAGGAUUAUUUUAAUGUUAUUGUUAUUAUUAUUAGGCACUUAAGCUGUUUAUUAUAAGGAAGACAUUUAGGCAUUAACCCACCCCUCUUCAGAUAAGUAUACGUAAAUUGGUUCUAAAAGUUAGUAAUUUAAGAAGUUUCCUGAGACCCAGGAAAGUUUUUUUAUUUUCAAAAAUGAUAGUUUCCCAAGGUAUAUAUAUUCUUUGGAACUGGAUUCUUUUGGUCAUCUCUGACAUUGUUGGUGAGAUGCCUCGUUAACUGAAUGGGUGUAGGCUUCCUUUUCAAUUGAAGCUGGUUACAUGCAGUAGCUUUUGUUUUUUUCUGUCUACUUGAAAUUAAAUGGAAUCUAUUAGAAGAUUAUCAAAAUUGUUUGCAUCACAAGUAGGUAGUUUAAAUUAACAGGAUAGGGACACUCGGGAAUAAAUUUCAAUUCGCACAUAUUUGUUUUUUUCUUUUUCUUUUUUUUGACUAAUUUGGUUAUUUGCCAUUUCUGGGGAUUAAACUUUAAAAAAUGUUCUUCUUUUCUGUAUCUGAUGUUCUGUGUGCUAUUAGUGAUGCAGCCAACACGAACGGUUGUCAUGUGUAACACAACUUUCGAUCACCGCGAAAACACCGUCCUGGAAAAGCGUCCAUGCUUGAUAUCGUUUGGUUCAUGAACAUUAAGUUUCCAGUACAGGUAAAAUCCCAGAGGAAGCCAAAGCCCUCUCUUUAUUGGCUCCUGCUCCAACCAUGACAAGUCUGAUGCCUGGUGCAGGCUUGCUUCCCAUACCGACUCCAAAUCCCUUAACUACACUGGGCGUUUCCCUUAGCAGUUUGGGAGCUAUACCAGCAGCAGCACUCGACCCCAACAUUGCAACCCUUGGAGAGAUACCACAGCCACCACUUAUGGGGAAUGUGGAUCCUUCUAAAAUUGAUGAAAUUAGGAGAACAGUCUAUGUUGGCAAUUUGAAUUCCCAGACAACCACAGCUGACCAGCUACUUGAAUUUUUUAAACAAGUUGGAGAAGUGAAGUUUGUUCGGAUGGCAGGUGAUGAGACUCAGCCAACUCGGUUUGCUUUUGUGGAAUUUGCAGACCAAAAUUCUGUACCAAGGGCCCUUGCUUUUAAUGGAGUUAUGUUUGGAGACAGGCCACUGAAAAUAAAUCACUCCAACAAUGCAAUAGUAAAACCCCCUGAGAUGACACCUCAGGCUGCAGCUAAGGAGUUAGAAGAAGUAAUGAAGCGAGUACGAGAGGCUCAGUCCUUUAUCUCAGCAGCUAUCGAACCAGAGUCUGGAAAGAGCAAUGAAAGAAAAGGCGGUCGAUCUCGUUCCCACACUCGUUCAAAAUCCAGGUCUAGCUCAAAAUCCCGUUCUCGAAGGAAAAGGUCACAGUCAAAACACAGGAGUAGAUCCCACAAUAGAUCACGUUCAAGACAAAAAGAUAGACGUAGAUCUAAGAGCCCUCAUAAAAAACGCUCUAAAUCAAGGGAGAGGCGAAAGUCAAGGAGUCGCUCACGUUCACGGGACAAAAGAAAAGAUACCCGAGAAAAAAUCAAGGAAAAGGAAAGAGUGAAAGAAAAAGAUAGAGAAAAGGAAAGGGAAAAAGAAAGAGACAGGGAAAAGGAACGUGAAAAAGAAAAGGAACGGGGUAAAAACAAAGAUAAAGACCGAGAUAAAGAACGGGAAAAGGACCGAGAUAAAGACAAGGACAAAGAGAAGGACAAAGAGAGAGAGCGGGACAAAGACCAUGAAAAGGAACGAGACAAAGAAAAGGAGAAGGAACAAGACAAAGAAAAGGAACGAGAAAAGGACAGAUCCAAAGAGACAGAUGAGAAAAGAAAGAAGGAUAAAAAGUCCAGAACACCACCCAGAAGUUACAAUGCAUCAAGAAGAUCUCGUAGUUCCAGCAGGGAAAGGCGUAGGAGGAGGAGCAGGAGUUCUUCCAGAUCACCAAGAACAUCAAAAACCAUAAAAAGGAAAUCUUCUAGGUCUCCAUCCCCCAGGAGCAGAAAUAAGAAGGAUAAAAAGAGAGAAAAAGAAAGGGACCACAUCAGUGAAAGAAGAGAGAGAGAACGUUCAGCUUCUACAAGAAAGAGCUCUAAUGACAGAGAAGGGAAGGACAAGGUGGAGAAGAACAAUACUUCACUUAAAGAGAAGGAGAACAAUAAAGAACCAGAUUCAAGCGUGGGCAAAGAAGCAGAAGACAAGGAUGCACCAAGGACUGAGGAGAGCAAAGUGCAGCAGAAUGGGAGUUGUCAGCCCAAUGAGGAGAACCUCUCUGCCAAAGCAGAAGCGGUAUAGGCCUGGCAGAUGCACCUGAACACACGCUGGGAUAGAAUCCAGAGCUUUUCAUUCUCUCAACAAGAUGUUAGACUGAAGACAUCCGGUAGAGCAUAAAGAUACGAGCUAACGGCUUUUCUAGUUGUUAGGUGACUUUGUGGCCAUCUUGUUACUGAGUAAGAAAACAAAGCAUGGACAUCAUGAAAAUAACAGGUGUGACCCAAACUCCUCAUCUUCUAAAAUCUGUGCAUCUCCAUGGUGGCUGACACAGGUGUCAUGUGGUUUGUUAGUGUUUGCCAAGAACCAUUACAAAUAAAUGGGACAUUAAAGAUCUAAAUUUGUUAUACUGUCCAUAAAGACUGGAGAUAAGCUUUGGAGGCUCUUUUAAGAAAUGCUAGAAACUGAUUUUGUAUUAUUUUACUUUUUUUUUAAUUUCAAUAUAUACAGAUUGAUAAUGUGCUUGAAAUCGGUGCAAAUAUGUACACACCCUUGUAAGUGCAGAGUUUGUAAGAAGUUUUAACAUUUACUUCACAGGAUUUAUAGUGAUUGUGUUAAAUUCUCACUGUUGUGUUUUCUUUUGCUCACAGUUUAGGACAGUGGUUUUUCUUUAAAAUAAUUCUACAGAUUAAAGUUGCUUAAAUAAGUGGAAUACAAACCAACUGACAAUGCAUGCUACUGUUCUCUUUUUAAAGGAAGAACAACUGUGUUGAAUACUAAUGACAUAUUAGUAUUCAGUGUUUAGAAUCAUUGGGUCUCCCCACAUAGUAAGCAUUUCUUUUUGAACUUUCUUGACAUUUCCGAGCUUAUUAUGAACAAUAUUGCAGUGUGUGUUGUCAGCUGUAGGUGGUAAAGGUGCCAUUUAUAAAAAGAAAGCUGGGUUUUCAAAAUGGGCUAUGGGAGCACAAGCUGAAGCUUUAGUGCCUUCUACAAUGUGGUAUACUGUUUUCUAGAAUUUUAUAUGAGCAAGUCAUUCUCAAUUCAUAUGGAAUUUAGAUGGGUAUUCCAUUCCCUCCCAUAGAAAAGUGUGAAAGUGAUAUGUCAGAAGAGCUUCUUACUUACCUAAUAUGAGAGGGAAGUCUGUUUUUAAGAAUGACUUCAGCGCUUAAAACAACAGUGCAGUUUCGGGACCAUCAGUUUUAUACUGUGAUAAUUGAAAAUGAAGCAGCAUGUUCUUAUUUUACUUAAAGCAAGACCCUUUAGUUGUCUACAUUGGAUGGCCUUAAUUAUUACCUCUCAAUCAUCUUCUCAUAAAUGAUGUGCUGAAAUUGUGCUUAAAGGAGAGUACAUGCGGUUAUUUGUUUUAUGUGUUAAGUAUGUUUACUUAAGCUUAAAAUAUAGGUCAUCCUACAUUGUUAGACACACUUUUUGCAGAAAGUAUGCAAGUAGUAAAAUGACAACAUUGCUAAUACUUUCCCCCAAACCACAACUUAUAUUUCAGAACUCUUUUCAUUGUUAUAUUUCCAAAAGUUAUGCCUUUUAAUUAGCAUGUUAUUUAAAAAAAAUCAAGUAUAAUUAUUUUAAUGCAGUCUAAUACAAUCAAAUUACUCAGUUGCCUUACCUCAUGGGAAGAGUUACUUAUGGAUUUAAAGAGCUGAGUAGCACAUCAGUUACUUGGUUUCAACUUGAGUUUUCUUUUAAUGUUAAUACUAUUGAAACUUAAGUAUUUGGCAGAGAAUGGAAGGAAUUGCCCUUAUUGCAAAUAAUGAAGCCUGGUUUGAUUAUGAAGCUGCUUAACUACUCUUCAUGUGUUCACAAUUACUGUGUUUUUUUUUUUCCUCUUUGUCACUAUGUACAUUAAAAUUUUUGAAAAUGCUUUACUAUGUAAAGUAUAGAUGGUCAUUUUAAUCAUUCAGCCACAUACGGUUGGCUGGUAAACAGCUUAUUUUGAUACAGGAAUGCUUGGGUGCAUAUGGAAAGAUGGAAGGAGUGUGUGUCUUGCAUCAAAGCUUCUUAUUUAUGAUAUGUAAGUAGAAUAGAACAAAUGUUGUUUGAAUCUUUGUUAUUUUUAGUACCAUUUCUCUAAUAAAGCUAAGUAUUUUAGAGGAAAAUAUUUGUUUAUGCAUUUCAAAACAGCAUCUUAGGUUUAUCCUGUUCUUGUUUUAGUUGGCAUAGCUAUGGAGAUUGUUUUGGUAUGCAUGUUUGUGUGGUGUCUAUAAAGCAGUCAUUUAAAGUUUUGAGUAUUUUCUUGUACUCUGUACAGUGUUUGGUUAGUUGGUAAUUAACAUAUGUAAUUUGGUUCCUGAUGCCAAUUAUUUUUCUUCCUGAUGAUAUUUAUUCAGCUUUAAGAUAACCAUACUAAUCUUAAAAGACACUGAUUUAUAAAAAUUGGGCAUGAGUAGGAAUACCAGAGGCCCAGAGAACGUGAAGUCAUUUUCUUAAACAGGCCUAGGGAAGCAAAACUUUCUAGGGGUCUAGAGGUAAGGAAGGGAGGGUGACGGGGAGAGAGAGAGAGAGUGUGUGUGUGUGAAUGAAAAAGAUUUUCUCUUUGUUCACUUAUAAGGGCUGAUGUGUUUUCAUUUGUUUAUUCUUUUCUUUUAAGGUACUUCAUUGUUUUUUUAAAGCUGUCUUUUUCACCCCAGGUAGAUGUCAGGAAAACUUGAGGUAAGGCCAAGAAGACAGCAUU